AUGGAUGACUCUCACAUCAUCCCAUUUCUAAAAAACUCCAAAACGGAUAGACGACCAAACACACCAAAUAUCACCCUCUCCCUCGAGUUCCUAAGCUCUUCAGGCACCCUCAACAAAAACAGAGCACCCGGAAUCCUAAUAACCCUCUACCGAACCCCAAACGACAUUCCCAACAAACCCUGCAUAUUCUACUGGAGCAGCUCAAAAGACGGCUUCGGCCCCGACGGCUUUAUCCUUCUCUACUACACUACUGAAGGCUACCUGAAGCAAGUCGAAGUCCAAAAACCGCAACGCUUCGAAAUCCCCAACUUUUCAGAAAUCAGGGCCUAUGACCAUAGUAUCCAUCAACCUUCACCAGGUGGCUGUGACCGGUGGUUUCACAAGAUCCCGGAACGGUAUCGUGAUGUACUGUUUGGCGGGUGUCGUUACAGUAGUUGGGGAGGGAGCGUCGGCAAUGCCUGUUCAAGUAUCAUAGCCACGGUUGACGGAGGGUCCUGCGACUGAGAGAGUGUAAACCAUGCGUUGAUUGUUUGCUUUUAUGUUGAUGGUUCUGACUGUGUUGCACGGUAUAGCCCAGGGGCACCAAUCUUCAGCGUGACCCUGACAGGCCCGAGCCAGAAACAUCUCAACCAAGGGAUAGCGGUGAACUUCAGUCACAUAUCACGGCAUUACCAAGGAAAAACAAGAAGAACACACACAAGACCAAGAAGAGAUCCAACCCAUCACCUUCUGCGC